CACAAUUUCCAUGGCUUCCAACCUCAACCAACCAGGAGCUCAAGUUCAAAGGGAGAACAGCAUCAACAGCGCUAUCUCUGAGAUAUCGCCGUCUCCGUCUCCUUCGUCGGCGACGGCGCCGGCGCUGGUGUUAUCAAACUCCGGGAAGCGAAUCGACCAGGCGGGGAAGAAGAAGUAUGUGAAGCAGGUGACUGGGCGGCACAACGACACGGAGCUUCACUUGGCGGCUCAAAAGGGUGAUCUUGGUGCGGUGAAGCAGAUCCUUUUGGACAUCGAUUCUCAGAUUAUUGGGACUCUUAGCGGCGAUGAACUCAACGCUGAGAUCGCUGAGGUGAGGGCCUCCGUUGUUAACGAAGAGAACGAGCUCGGAGAGACUCCUCUCUUCACUGCUGCUGAAAAGGGUCACCUUGAUGUUGUCAAAGAGUUGUUGAUGCAUUCCAGUAAAGAAACUGUUUCCAAGAAGAAUCGAUCUGGCUUUGAUCCCUUGCAUAUUGCUGCUAGUCAAGGCCACCAUGCCAUCGUCCAGGUUUUACUAGAUUAUGAUCCCGGGUUAAGCAAAACAGUUGGUCCAUCGAAUGCUACUCCACUUAUAACAGCAGCUACAAGAGGCCACACAGAAGUGGUGAAAGAAUUGCUUUCAAAAGACUGUAGCUUGUUGGAAAUUGCUAGGUCCAAUGGAAAAAAUGCCUUGCACUUAGCUGCCCGCCAGGGCCAUGUAGAGAUCGUAAAAGCGUUGCUCAGUAAAGAUCCACAAUUGGCACGGAGGACCGACAAGAAAGGGCAGACGGCAUUGCAUAUGGCUGUAAAAGGGCAAAGCUGUGAUGUGGUAAAAUUGCUUCUUGAUGCAGAUGCUGCCAUCGUUAUGCUUCCUGACAAGUUUGGCAACACCGCAUUACAUGUAGCUACCAGGAAAAAGCGAGUUGAGAUAGUGAAUGAGUUAUUGCUUCUGCCAGACACCAAUGUUAACGCAUUAACCAGGGACCACAAAACAGCCCUUGACAUUGCUGAAAAUCUUCCCCUCUCUGAAGAGUCAACAGACAUGAAGGACUGUUUAUGUCGAUAUGGUGCGCUUAGAGCUAAUGAGCUCAACCAACCAAGGGAUGAACUGAGGAAAACUGUUACUCAAAUUAAGAAAGAUGUUCACACGCAACUUGAACAAACCAGAAAAACCAACAAGAAUGUUCAUAAUAUUUCCAAAGAGCUAAGGAAGCUCCAUAGGGAAGGAAUCAACAAUGCCACAAACUCGGUGACUGUGGUGGCUGUAUUGUUUGCUACAGUUGCUUUCGCCGCUAUAUUCACUGUGCCUGGUGGGGAUGAUGAUAGUGGUCGGGCAGUGGUAGCAAGUUAUGCUACUUUCAAAAUCUUCUUCAUCUUCAAUGCUAUUGCACUUUUUACAUCUUUGGCUGUUGUGGUUGUCCAAAUUACCUUGGUUAGAGGUGAAACUAAAGCAGAAAAAAGGGUGGUGGAGGUGAUUAACAAGCUGAUGUGGUUGGCUUCUGUAUGUACUUCGGUGGCAUUUAUUGCCUCUUCGUACAUUAUCGUGGGUCGAAAGCACGAGUGGGCCGCAGUCCUGGUUACAGUAGUUGGAGGAGUGAUAAUAUCCGGAGUCCUUGGCACCAUGACUUUCUAUGUCGUGAGGUCGAAGAGAACCAGAUCAAUGAGGAAGAAGGAGAAGCAGCUAGCUAGGAGGAGCGGAUCCAACUCUUGGCCUCAUUCAGAUUUCUCCAACUCCGAGGUUGAUCGGAUAUAUGCCCUUUGAUUUUAUUUUUUUUUGGAACUCGCAACCCCCGAGGAUCACAAGAAAAAGAGAUGACAUUGACCGGUAUUUUGAAUUUGCACCUUCCAAGUCAUUAAUGCUGUAAGAGUUCACCAAGAAAACUCUAAUGCUUCUUGUGUUGCACACUGUACAGUUUUGUUUAUUCUCUUAGCAAUUGUUGUAGGAUCAUGAAGCAAUGCAACUUUUCUGAGUAUGUACCUGUGGGAAAAAUCAAUAGAACUGUGCUCUAAUUCUAAUUUAUGUAUCAAUAUAUUGUCAAAAUAUCUAUGGUUGCCAUC